UAAAGCCACAACAGUCACAUAGCUGAGCUUGAGCACGUUUUUCAACUUCCAUAAAAAGUGGCUUUAUAAAGCAGCAUUGCAUUCACACCUCGGUGGAGCUGGCCCAAGCCUUCUCCAAAGCCAAUUCGCACGGCAGCCGCACAGCAAACAGCCAUCAUACUCACCUUCCCUUUCUGAUGUGGUGUUUGACUAUCUGGACACAGUAGCUACUGAGUGCCCUCCAGAUGGGCAGUGUUCACCUCUGACAAACUGAUAAAUGGCACUCAUGGGGGAGGGCUGUUAUUUUCCCACAUAUUUCCCAUUUGCCCCUCUACACUUGGGCUUCUUUUUGACCUUUUUUAGACUGUGGAGUGUCACGGCCUUCUCCAAAGGCACUGACGUCAUGCAGUUUGGCUUGGGGGUUAUCAACUCUGAACAUAAUUAAUCAACAAUUGUAAGAGGCAAUGGAAUGAGUGACUGUGAGACGGCUGAAGCAUGAGACGAAAUGGAAGUGGCUGGCAUAUUGAGCCCAGCGGUGGGCAUUAGCCUUGUCACAGACAGAAGCAGAACAGACACGUUGCAGACACACACAGUAUAAACAUCCCCGCUGAUGAUGACAGGCAAUGGGUUGGGGCUGCACUAGCAGGCAGAGUAUAUUUUGGGUCAUGGGAUAAAAUAUUACGGAUAUGCGCCCAGAGCAACGGCUCAGACAAGGAAAACAAGGUAAAACUCCCAAGAUUCCCAUCUCGGCCUGAAGGGGGGAGGGAUGAUGUGGCCCAGGAGACAGAUGUACUCUAGGAAUAACAGAGGGAGCGAAUAGAGAAGGCUGCGCCCUACCACAGUAUUUGCAUUGACCCUCCCUCUAGUUCUCUCUCUCCUGCACUUUCUCUCCGUAUCUCCCCCCUCUCUUCUUUCCUCCCUUUGCUUUUUUUGCCUCCUUGUCUUGCCUCUCAGAGUCAGGUUGAUGGGGGUAUCUCUGUUGUCUCCUUCAUGGGAUAGCCUGCAAACACUGUGCUCACAUACAGGGGCAAACACAGUUGUUCACUCACACACGUGCACUCUUAUGAGCGGCUAUCGGAGAACCAGGCGGCUCCACACCCGGAUACGCUGACAGCAGGAUUCUCCCCACCGUUAACGUCGAGUGACCAUCAGCCAGAGUGGCGAUGAAGAAGGUCCUGGUCCCACCUCUCCACAAAGGUACGGCUCCAGAGACUCAAUCCUGAGCCACAGAGACAGAGAAAACUGGAAGAAGGAAAAAGAACGUCUUGGAUCAGAGCUUGCAAGCAGCAACAACAGCAGGAGUGUGACUUUGGGCCUGAACCAGGGUGGGGCCAUGCGUUGCUCCACUCUCAUGGCCAUCCUGGCGGGGGUGCUAUUGUACUUGGGACUGGGAGCUCUGGUUUUCCGCACCCUAGAGGCACCACUCGAGAGCACACAGCACAAGAAGCUGCAUGACGUCCGCAAAGCCUUUCUGCAGAACAACUCGUGCGUCAGCCCUGAUGGCCUGCAUGCUCUCAUACAGCAUGUGGUAAUUGCUUUAGGAGCAGGGGUAGAUGCCACCAGCAACUCAUCUGACUUCACCAGUCGAUGGGACCUGGCCAGCGCCUUUUUCUUUUGUGGAACCAUCAUCACGACUAUUGGCUUUGGACAUAUCUCUCCAAAAACUGAAUGGGGGCAGCUGUUCUGCAUCUUCUACGCCCUAGUGGGGAUCCCUAUGUUUGGCAUACUUUUAGCUGGAGUUGGGGACCACCUCGGGACCUUGCUAAGGAGGGCCAUCGGCAAGAUAGAGACCUUAUUCCUGAAAUGGCGGGUCAGCCCCACAAUCGUUCGCAUCAUUUCAGCAGUCCUGUCCAUCCUGCUGGGCUGCGUGGUCUUCUUGUUUGUUCCGACUAUGGUGUUUCAGCGGAUAGAGGAGUGGAACCUUCUGGAGGCAGCCUACUUUGUGGUCAUCACCCUCACUACUGUGGGCUUUGGGGACUAUGUAGCAGGUGCUGGUGGAAAUAGUCACCCUGUGUACAAGCCUAUGGUGUGGUUUUGGAUAGUGGUGGGCUUAGCUUACUUCGCCUCUAUCCUCACCAUGAUUGGGAACUGGCUGAGAGUGCUGUCCAAGAAGACCCGAGCAGAGAUGGAAGAGCUCAGGGCUCAUGCCACCGACUGGACUCAGAACAUCCAGAACAUGUCAGUUGAUUUCCGCAUUCCCAACCGCCUUGACCUCAAUGACCCCUUCCAGCGACGCCGCCGAAAACGCCGCAGAGGGCCUCGACCCCGUGGGGCAUGGCAGAAUACGGUGGGCUCUGAAGAUGGCGGAAUGGCUGGUGAGAAUGGCAACCUUCCCAACAGUCAGUCAGAAUCUGGGUCUUCAUCUUACGAAUCAGGAUCUGAUGAAUCAGGGUCCUACUCUGAGGGUUCUGAGAAGCUGGACCCAAGAGAGACCCAGAUGGAUUCUCAUGGCAGUAUGGCGCCCCCCCAUUUCUUUUCCGGUCCCCUCAGUUGCCAGGCUCUGGACUACUUUGGGGAAAAUCUUGCCUACAUUGACGAAUCUUCAGACGCGCUAAGUGAAACAGUAAAGAUGGACCCCCUCCUUGAUCCUGACUGUACCAACCCUGUACCUCCACGCAAGCCAAAGCGCAGACGCCUCAGACGCCUCAGAACUUCAAUAAAUGAGGACCCGGAGAGGAAGGAGCCGAAUGGUGACAUCCAGCCUCCAUCCAUCCCGCCAUCGCCACCUCCCCAGACACAGCCAAGAAACUGAUGGGUGGAUGUACAGCUUUCAGUUAGAGAGGGUAACUCACCCGGUACUUUACCAUAAUCACUACUCUAACACUGACAAACACAUGGGAAACAAAGGAACUACUAUCCGUCUUUUUCAGUGUGCCUCUCCCACCACUAUGAGCCAGACAUGGAUACUGGUUUUCAAUGUGCUAGCAGUGUGGAUUUAAAAUGAAACUUCCUUCUGUGUGUACAUAUUCCUGUGUGUGGAUGUGCAAACCUGUAUGGUAGGUAUGAUUGUGAAUCAGCAUAGGAAAGUAAAGAGAAAUGAAAGGGAUCUUUUAGCCUUUCACACCAAAUUGCUUAUACAAUCUACACCAGGUACAAAUCCAACAAGCUAUGUGGUGGGGUGUCUGAUCUCAUCUUGUUUCAUUUAAUUCAGUCUAAUUUUCUUCUGUAUAAUGUUGAGCGGCAGAAUUCCCCUAAAUCCUGAUGCCUGUAGGUGUUCGGACCUGUCCUAACAUGAAGGAAGAUUGAAACAACAAUGUGGAAGGUUAGCAAGCAAACCAAAAUUCAUGUAAUGCUUCUGAGCACCUUUAACCCAGAACUGCUGUGCCACUUCACUAGCCUGUAUUCAUAAUGCUGUGUAGCACCCCCCCUGCUGGAGGUCAAUGUGUAAAUGCAGCUGUUUUCUUGGUUUGAAUAGCAGAUAUUUUAAUUCAAACUCCAUCCCUUACCUCCUGUAAACGUCUGCCGUAUUUAGGUUUAUACAUUUUAUACUUCAUGAUUUAAAAUUAAAGCUUAAAUUGAGUCUAUAAAUUCAAAGACAGACUAAAUAAAUUUUAGGAGUUCCAGGUUUAAGGUCAGAACUUCAAAUUGCAAUUCAGUGUUCUAGUACUGUUACAUUUUUUUACACUGGAGAUGACAUUAAGCCAUAUAUAAUCCAAUGAUACAACUUUUACUACUGUUUUUAGAAUGCUCAUAAAAUAUGUGUAUGCACCUAUGCAUUUAUUCACUAUAUAAGUGCAUCAAGACUUUUGGAAAAAUAAUUUCUUUGUAGUGGCAGUGGUGGCCUAAUGGUUAGGGAUGUGUACUUGUAAUUGGAAGAUUGCUGGUUCAAAUCCUCACCCAGCAAAGCACGACAGAAGUACAUUGAGCAAAGUACUGCCUCCAAGCCCUGCUCCCCAGGUGCUGAAUUAGGUACCCCCAGUUAUGUCAUGAUAUGGGUUAAAUGCAGCGGACAUUUUGUCAUUGUGCACUGUGUGCUAUGGUGUGUUAACAAUGACAACUAAUCACUUUCCCUUCUCAUAAAACUUUGUCUUUUCAUUCUUUAGCGUUUGACUCUAUAAAGUAGUAUUAGGGUGUCUGCAUAAGUUCUUAUUAAUUAAUAUGAUCAUUGACAAACAAUUUUUAUGUCUUUUUAAACUUCCUGAACCCAGGAAGUUUAAAUGUCAGUUUACCAAUCAUAAUUCACCAUUAAACAAUAUGGUCUUUGCAGUAUUUGUACUAAAUGUUUCAGGUUAAUAAAAACGACAGUACACAUUGAAGAAAUUCUCCUACAUAAAUGACACCCAGAAUGUCCAAGAAAAACAAUGGGCAGACUGAGUGUGUCUGCCUAAAUUCACACAUUCUAUUAGCCAUAUUCUACACAUAGAUGUGCCACAUGAACCUAACCCAAAUCAUGAAUGACAGACUAGAGCCAGUAGCACCACCUUGCAUCAGAUGUUUUCACUGACGCAGGGGGUUUGCUUCCUGGAAAGACCUCAUGGGGGAGACAAAGUGAACUGCACAGUUUCUGUUCUGUUGGCAUUUGACUUCCUCGUUUGGCCACCCCUGUCUUUGCCAUCCAUGACAUAUGUACGAAUAAUGUUUUUUCAGGACCCUGAAAUAUCAUUAUCAUUUUAAGUGCUGAGAUACAAGUACAUAGACAUCUUGCAUUACAACAUCUUUUUUGUGAAAACACACUUUAAUAUUAAAAAAAUCCAAUGGCCUGUUCUAUGAAGCGUGGUUACUGGCUUAUCGGUGUAACUUGUCGGAUUUAAGGCAAUCUGGGCAAAAUGUAAGUGAACAAAUAGAGAAGUCCAUCUAAACCGUGGUACCUUAAAUCCGACAAGUUGCCCCAAUAAGCCAGUAACCCCACUUCGUAGUACAGGCCACAGGUUUCGCAACAUUCAAAUAAACAUCCUGAAAUGAAAAUGCAUCAUAUUUUAUAUCUAUUAUUCAUCUAAUUAUACAUAACUAACUAUAACUAUAUGCUAUGACAUGUCACUUACUGGUGAAGUUCUGAAUUGUAUGGCACUCUUUAUUGUAUGUUGGAUUUUCAAGUUCCUCUUGAAAAAUAAAUCUAUGAUAUUGUUUUAAUUCAUUUAAUGGAAAA